AUGAUAUAUCUACCGUUCGCUGUAGUGUUGGCUGGCGGUGGUCACUCUGCUAAUGGUGCUGUGGCCCAAGGCUCCCAGUCUGAAGGGGAUUCUAACAACACAACUAUAUUUGUUAGAGGGCUUGAUUCUGAAAUCAGCGAUGAGGAUCUCAGACAACCGUUUUUGCAAUAUGGCGAUGUUGUCUCCGUGAAAAUUCCAAUCGGUAAAGGAUGUGGCUUUGUUCAACUUGCUGACAGAAAGAAUGCUGAGGAAGCUAUUCAGGGAUUGAAUGGAACAGUGAUCGGGAAGCAGACCGUGCGUCUUUCUUGGGGUCGCAGUCCGGGAAAUAAGCAUUGGAGGAAUAAUGAUUCGAAUGGAAACCAUUAUGGCGGGCAAGGUUACGGUGGUCACGGAUACGGAGGCCAUGGAUAUGCUGCUAGACAGAAUCAGGAUAUAGCGAUGCAACAACCUGCAGCUGCAAUUCAAGGGGCUUCGUAACGGCCAUAGCGCGUUGCGUCGCGGCUGGUAUUGAAAUAGGAUGAACUUUAUUGCUCUGAUAAGUGAACUGUAGUGUUAUUUUUGAAUUUGUAGCUGGGUU